AUGGGCACAUUGGUCUAUCUUCGAGCAUCAUCAGCCACAUCAGGAACGACUGUCACCCUGGUCUGUGCCAAGACCAAGGUGGCACCGCUCAAGAAAAUGACCAUACCACGGCUGGAGCUAACAGCAGCUCUCCUGGCAACGGAUCUUGUGGCCUACACAUAUCAAUGGCAAGGAGAAUCCGGUGGACUGCGCAUCAAGAAGUCUAUAACCGAAGCAACUGGCGGAGCAUCAUCUGUGGUGGACAGGACCCUUAUGGCUGGUCCUGCCACCAGAUCAAUGGCUAGCCUCAUCAAUGGAUCUAUCAUCGACAGCGGAGAUAUCAUCAGAAGCGGCUCGAGAAGCGAGACCGCCAAUCAGGAGCUCGCAUCCAGUGCAAAUCGCCGAGGCGGAUGCACUGCUCAUCAGAUAUUCAUCGUUGACGAAGCUAUUGCGGAUCACAGCCUGGAUCCAUCGAGCCGCAAGAUGCUUCCAACGACAGCCGCCACCGGAAUCUCCCCAAUUAGGACCACAAGAGCUCGAAGAGGCAAGACUGUACUGGGUGAGCUUACAAACGUUUCAUUUCAAGACAGGUUAUCUGUGCGACCCCUGACCAGUGACAGGGGAUACAACUUUAUCGGGGCAGAGAGAGAACUUAAGAAUCUCUUCGACCAGCCAUCCAGCGAAUCGGCUGUCAUCAGGGAUCGGCUAGUAUCAGAUGGGACACAGUGGAUAUUCAACCCCCCUCACGCGCCACGUAUGGGAGGCAAGUGGGAGGCCGCUGUGAAGUCAACGAAACAUCAUCUCAGGAGGAUCAUCGGGACCUCGACCUUGACGUACGAAGAAUUUACGACUCUUCUGACUCAGGUCGAGGCCAUACUCAACUCUCGGCCACUCUGCCCACCCACCAACGACCCGCAAGACACAUCAGCCCUGACACCAGGGCACUUUAUCAUUGAGGAACCGCUCACGACGGUUCCUGAACCAUCACUCCAGCAAAUCACCGCGGACAGACUCAACAGGUGGGAAAUUAUCACCCAGAGGAUCCAAAACUCCUGGGAGAAUUGGGCACGAAAGUGCAUUCAUCGAUAUCAACAAAUCUACCGGUGGAGACAGCCCACGAACGAAAUUAACAUUGGUUCGUUGGUCCUCAUCACGGACGAACGGGAACCGCCAGCUAAAUGGCCCCUUGCCCAAGUCAUCGAAAUUUAUCCGCGACAGGAAAACCUGACAAGAGUUGUCACACUGAGGAAAGGGCAUCAGGAAAUUCAACGGGCAAUUCAUAGACUAGUUCCGUUGCCCAUCAACGCAGACCUACUGGAGGACCAACAGUGA